AUGGAUAUUCUUUUGUUACAGGACAAGCUUCUCAACAAGCUUGAAGAAAAUGAACCAGAACUCGCAACGUCACCCGAGGAAGAAUGUGUAAUAUGUGUGAAUGCAAAAGCGACUAUGCAGACAUCGCCGUGCGGUCACUGUGUGGUGUGUCGGCGGUGUUUUGUCAAGACCAUCCAGAUGGCAGUUAGCCAACGCCUGCUUCCGUUGCGCUGUGUCAUCUGCAGGGCAAAGAUACUGCGGCUGCGGCAAGCGCCCAGGCUGGUCACUAGCAAAAGUUGGCAGAUCACAAGCAAUAACAGUAAGCUGUGGGGCGUACCUGGAUCUGUUUCGUCGUAUUCUGUGGGAGCCCGCUCAGUGCCGGCUUCAGCUUCCUUGUACUCUGUCACUAGCGGGGAGUCCUCAAUUUCCGGUGUGUCUUCCGUAUCAUCAAAUAGCGGCGGUACUGGCACGUGUUCAGCGAAGUUAUGUGGAGGGUCCAAAUGUGGGGGGGCCUGUCUUGGCGCGAUACCCCGGGUCCCUUCAGCGCCACCCAAACCCCGCCAGCCUGGCUCAAACUCCCUACGACGCUCACAGCAUCAUAGCAUGAAGGCCCGAUUACAAGAAUAUCAAGUACACAGCUACACAGGAGGGCCUGCGCCUGAGGCCUCGGGUAGACUUCCCCCUAUUCGGGAAUUUCAAAGAGAAUUCCGAGAGGGGAGGCGGGAGAGCGCAAAUUCCGCUUCUGCAUCAACUAGGAUAAGAUGUGCUCAGAAAAUAGUAACACAACUAGAAACUUCACCACAACAAGAAAAGCCAAACUUCUUCCGUACUUUAAAUCCGUCGAAUAAAGAAGACCCACCCAAAUCAAGAGAUCACAGUAAAGAGACUGAACGAAUAAAAGAUAACCCCAAAACAAAACCCAAAAAAGAAGAAAAGAAGAAGAAUGAAUCUGAGGAAAAUGCCAAAAACGAAAAAAUUAAAAAUGAAAGCCAUGAUACCAAAAAGAACGAAACAGCUGAAAGAAAGAAAGAGGAAAAGUUGCGUAUGAAAGCUGAAAAAGAAGCGAAGAAGGAAGCUAAGCUACAAGCUAAAGAAGAAGAGAGACAGGCGAAGCUAUUUGCCAAAGAAGAAGAAAGACAAGCCAAACUUUUGGCAAAAGAAGAAAAAAAGAAAGCCAAAAAAGAAGCUAAACUUGCAGCACAGGUUGAAAAAGAGAAAAGUAAAUAA